GACUGUCUAUAGUCUCUCCCCCUGGGCUUCCUGUUGGGGUGUCCUCAGCUCCACCCCAGAGCUGACACUUCCCUCCCUGACAUAGGGAGCAGGAUCUGCUCUGUACUGGGAGAGGCAGACAUGGUGCCCCUGUUGUUCCUGCUGUUCCUGCUGUGGGGUGGAUCUCUGGAGGAGCAGCCAGGCUUUGAGCUCCAAGUGCAGGAGUCUGUGACGGUGCAGGAGGGUCUGUGUGUCCACGUGCCCUGCUCCUUCUCCUACCCCUGGAGUUCAUCGUCUUCCUCUACUGAACUCUACACCUACUGGUUCUCAAAAGAAGACAGCGUAUGGUACGAUUCACCUGUGGCCUCAAAGGACCCAAAUAGACCAGCAAAGACAGCAACCCAAGGCCGUUUCCUCCUCAUGGACACCACGAACAACAACUGUUCCCUGCAGAUCAGAGACUCCCAGAGAAGUGACACAGGAACAUACAUGUUCCGAAUGGAAAGAGGAAGUGUGAAAUAUAGUUACCAAGAGAAGAUGCUUAAAUUGCAGGUGACAGCCCUGACAGAGAAACCCCACAUCCAGAUAAGGGAGCCCCUGGAGUCUGGCCGUCCCACACAGCUGGCCUGCAGCCUGCCAGGGGCCUGUGAAGGGGGACGACCUCUCACCUUAUCCUGGGCGGGAGCGGCUGUGGACUCGCUGGACCCCCGGAACCUCAGCUCCUCAGUGCUCACCUUCAUCCCAAGGCCCGGGGACCAUGGCACCAACCUCACCUGUCAGGUGAAACUGGAAUGGCCUCAGUUGACCACACAGAGAACCAUCCAGCUCAAUGUCUCCUAUGUCCCACGGAACCUCACCAUAGGCGUCACCUUCAGAAAUGCCACAGCUAGGCCUGGCCAGUGUGGCUCAGAAGUUGAGCUUCGACCCAGGAAUCAAGAGGUCACAGCCUUCAAGAUUCUGCAGGCCACUUCCCUUACCAUCCUGGAAGGAGAGGCCCUAAGGCUGCUCUGUGUGGCUGACAGCAACCCCCCUGCCGAGCUGAGCUGGUUCUGGGGGUCCCCAGGACUGAACGCCACCCCCAUCUCCAGGACCGCCAUCCUGGAGCUGCCUCGUGUGGGGCCAGCACAGGAAGGGAACUUCACCUGCCAAGCUCAGCACCCACUGGGCUCCCAAAAUGUCUCUCUCAGCCUCUUCGUGAUCUAUCCCCCACAGCUGCUGGGACCCUUCUGCUUCUGGGAGGACCAGGGUCUGCACUGCAGCUGCUCUGCCAGGGCCCAGCCGGCCCCCUCCUUGCACUGGAGGCUGGGGGCGGGGCUGCUGGAGGGGAACCAUGGCAAUGCCACCCACGUGGUCACCUCCAGCUCAGAGGGGCCCUGGACCAACAGCUCCCUGAGCCUCCGUGAGGGGCUCAGCCCUGAGCUCAGGCUCAGCUGCGAAGCCCAGAAUGUGCACGGGGCCCACAGGGCCUCGAUCCUGCUGCUGCCAGGUCAGGGCCUGCUGGGGGCAGAGGCUAUCACGGAGAAAGGAGUGGGUCAGAGAGCAGGUGGAGCUUGGGGAGGGGGCUGUGGCCUGGACAGGAGUUACUGCUGGCACAGGGCCUGCAUCUCCUGCCUGAAUGAACCUGCAGUGGGUUAUGGCUGGAGGUGGGAAGAGGAGAGACCGAGUCUUGGGAGUGGGUGUCUCAUGCCCCUCUUCUCUGCAGAGAAAUCAGUUUUCCAGGUGGGAGUGGCUCUUGGAGGUGCUGGAGCCCUGGCCCUGCUGUCCCUGUGCUUGUGUCUCAUCUCCUUCUGCAGAGUGAAAGCCCUCAGGAGGCAAGCAGCCGGGAGACCGAAGGUCACGGAUGAUGAAGACCCUGUCAUGAGCACAGUCACCUGGGGUUCCAAGCGAAACCUUGGGCUAGACAAGCCCCCAAACCAAGGGUUGCCCACAGAGGAUCCCCCUCUGUCAGAGGAACAGUGGGAAGUCUACUACGGCAACCUCAGCUUUCACGGCAUGAAGCCACAGGGACCUGAGGACCCGGAUGCUAACAGCAGCAUCAAUGAGUACUCAGAGAUCUAGAAGACAAGCACAUGAGAACUCCCUCAGAGCUCGGUCCUGGCCAGAGGCACUGCAGAUCCUCUGUGGGAAAGAAAUCCAGGACUAAUCGACCUUGUGGCACGAUUAUCAUUAACUACUGUAUGAGCAGAGCAGAAAGAAGACAGGUGACGGGAUAACAGAGAUGUGGUUUCAAAGACAGGCUUUGGCAAAUCCUAAGGCAGUGGUCACCCACUGGUGGUCCAUGAGGUUCGAAAGGCUGGCAACCACCAUCAAGGCAGGGUCAUCAGGUGGCGAUUCACCUCAUUUGUCUGUUGCUCAGUGUCCCAUUCUAUGCAGUGGCCAUGCAUUGUGCUCAAGGCUGGUUGUGUGCAUUAAAUAUACUGGAACAUGAACAUCCACCAACAGAGGUUUUGUCACA